CCGGAUCAAGAAGUUUGAUGACUAUACGCAUCAGGACCCAGUUGUCUGGUGGCAAGGCUUUACAACGGAGAUUGGGAUUCAUGAGGUCCCCAAUCAACGCCAAGGGCGGAUGCCUGAUCUGGCUCAGCCACAUGGCAACCAUCCACGGCGUCCAGGUCUCCGGCCUGCACAAGAAGAUCUCCUGGGACAACAUGACGAAGGAAUGGAAGAAGCGGUUCAUUGUGGACGACGCCCCAACGCUUGCCAUCAACCGCUUCUUCGCCAUGACUCAAGGAAACACACCGACACGCGAUUGGCUCACGGAAUGGCAAACGAUCGUGACAACACCCGAUCUCGAGUUGCCAUUUUCGCAUCUGCGUCAGGAGUUCUACAACCGGUCGUGUGCCGCCUUGAGCCUCGCACUCGGUGAUCGAGAACAGUAUACAACCUUCACGGAAAACAUCGACAAGGCGCAUGAGAUCAUCAAGACCAACCGAGCGGCUGCACACAAGAAGGGGCCUCCACCUCACCCUUCGAUCAGCUGUCACGUGGUGUCCGCCGCAAGCAUUCGAGCUUCCAUCACCAGGGACGACAUCGAGGAGAUGGGGGUGUGUUUUCUCCAUGCCCUCCCUCCCCAUUACAUCCCAUCGACGAACGCAUCGACGGACCCACGUAUCACCGAGUUUCUCGACGCCUACGACGACAUGUUCGAAGCCCCGCACGGAGUAAUACCGGAUCGGCCCAUCCGGCACGAGAUCAUCCUCGAGGCCGGGGCGGUACCUCCGCGUGGUUGCAUCUACCGUAUGAGCGAGGAAGAGUUAAGUGUGCUACGGGCACAACUCGACGACCUUCUUGAGAAAGGUUGGAUUGGGCCUAGCUCUUCGCCAUAUGAUGCUCUCGUUCUCUUCGUUCGAAAGACGAACAAGAAUUUGCAGUUGUGCAUCGAUUAUCUCAAGCUCAACGAGCAAACCAUCAAGAACGCCGGCCCUCUCCCGCGCAUCGACAACCUUCUCGAACGGCUAGGCGGCGCUAAAUUUUUCUCCAAUCUUGACCUCAAAUCGGGAUAUCACCAACUCGAGAUCCGGCAGGAGGACCGCUACAAGACCGCGUUCAAGAUGCGAUAUGGGCAUUUUGAAUCGAUGGUUAUGCCUUUUGGCCUUCCGAAUGCCCCGACCACAUUCCAAGCGGCUAUGACGACGGAGUUCCGACACACGCUGGACAAAUUUGUACUCAUCUACCUCAACGAUAUCUUGGUGUACAGCCGGAGUUUCGACGAGCAUGUGGAGCACCUGCGCACCGUUUCGGAACGGCUACGACAAGCCAAGUACAAAGCCAACCGCGACAAAUGCGAAUUGGCGUGGCAAGAGCUCGAGUACUUGGGCCAUUUUGUGACACCGCAAGGCAUCCGUCCGUUCACACACAAGAUCGAGGCCAUCCGAGUAUGGCCCAGGCCCACCAACACCAUGGAAGUUCGCUCAUUCAUGGGAUUGGCAGGCUACUACCAAUGCUUCAUCACCGGGUACUCAAGGAUCGCCGCACCAUUGACGAGACUACAAUCGCCAAAGGUGCUAUUCAUACUCAAUGAUGAAGCGCGCCGGUCAUUCCAUGCACUCAAGACGGCCAUGCUCAUGGCACCCGUCCUCAGCAUCUACGACCCCACCUUGCCAACGCGAGUGAGGACUGACGCUUCCGGCUAUGGCAUUGGGGCAGUCUUGGAACAACACGACGGCGACGAUUGGCACCUUGUGGAGUAUUUCAACCACAAGGUGCCUCCCAUCAAUUCACUUGAUGAUGCAAGGAAGGAGCUGCUUGCAUUCGUGAUGGCUCUCAAGCGAUGGCGGCACUUCCUCCUUGGGUGUCAUASGUUCACAUGGGUCACUGAUAACAACCCGUUGACCUACUACAAGACGCAGGACGCGGUGGGCAGCAUAUCGGACAAUGCAUGCACUUCAUCGACCAAUAGUGCUGCUCGCGGACCACAAACGAGCUUCAUAGAGGCUGGAGUCCCCGACGUCACAUAGACUGUUUGAAUCCCGAUCAGAUCCAAAGACUACCACCUGGUACACGUGAGUUUGCUAUCCAGUAUGAGAGGGAUCUGCAGCGCGUUGCUGAGAACAUUCGAAGACCCAGCACCAGAUGGCGGAACAAGCGAACAAACACAGCUGCCCAUC